AUGCCAGCCCUGUCACGAGACGAGUGUGAAAAAUUGAUAGCAAACACGAGGCUUCUGGCAAGGGUUGCUGAGCAUCUGAAACGGCAUCAAGUCUGUCUACGAAUCGUCACCCACCAUGGCCGUUCAGCAACUCAACUGGCUGCCCCCAAUCUUCAAGCCAAAGACCUCCACCCGCCUAUCCAGGCGCAAGCGCCCGUAAUAGCCCACCAUGUCUCCGUGCCGGAUCAGCCCAACUUUGCAAGGCCGCCGACGCCGGUUCUUUGCAAGAAUAAGUCUGCGCGUAUUGAAUGCGUCCGUCGCGACGUUAUACAUAUGCAAGCCUACGCACCCCGCAACCGCAACAAGCGUCAAAACGCUCCUAACCAACAGAUCGCGCCGUUGAGCUUACCAGAUUCACUAUACUAUCGCAUCAGCCAGGACUGCUUCAUUUGCGCAUCUGGACUGGUCCUCCGCUUUCAAGACGGCUCAUCCGCGAAAGCCCCACUGAGGCGACUCACGGAGGAAGCCCCGCGCUUGGACGGUUGA